AGCCAAUGCUGACCUUAGCAAGCUAUGACCUAUCGCAGUAGAUCAGCUAAUUUUUUUCAAACAUCCAUUGGCCGAUUAAACAGUGUCUUUGAAAUGGAGGAGUGGGCGAAUUAUUCUGCUGCUGCGAAAAGUUGGCAGCAGGGAUGAUGUAUUAAUGCAUGAGUGGCUCCUGAGGGCGCAUUGCCAAUAAGUUAGUGAUCGAACAGUCGGGUUUACGUUAUCCUGCGGUUCGGGUUUUUGCACUUUACAACUUCCACCUGCCAUCGUAUUCAUUUUCCAAACCCUAAUUAUCGGGCGAAGAUGUUCGAUGUUCCGCCCCUUUUAUUUGUAGUUCUUCUGAUAACAGGACAUGUUCUCGGCGGUCAUUGGUCGUACGACCAUGAAGAACAUUGGGCGCCUCUAUGCCAGACUGGGAAAAGCCAGUCGCCCAUCGCCCUAUCCCACUCUGUGGCUGUGCCAAAGGAGUUUCACCCAUUUUCCUUGCAUGGAUAUGGGCAAAGUGCUAGCGCUUUGCUGAGAAAUAACGGACAUUCUGCUGAGGUCCGGCUGCAGAACAUCGAAGCCCCCACUGUCCAUGGCGGCGGCUUAUCGGGGACUUACCAGCUGGAUCACUUGCAUUUCCAUUGGCAAUCCGAGCAUAUUAUGAGCAAUUAUCGGUUCCCACUAGAACUUCACUUGGUCCAUUUUGAUCAGAAGCAUCGCAAUUUGACUGAGGCUGUGAAACAUCCGCACGGCGUUGCUGUUCUGGGGGUUCUUUUUGAUUUGUCUCCAGACGACGAUGAAGACUUUCAGCCCCUGUUGGAAAUCAUCGACAAUCUGAAGGAAAAAGUUGGCGAUCCCAGGCAUUUAUCAGACUUCAGUGCUAAGAGUUUUAUUCCAAGGGACAAGGCAGGUUUUUACAGAUAUCAUGGCUCCCUUACCACUCCUGGAUGCAAUGAGGGCAUUAUCUGGACUGUAUUCACUAGCACCCUGCCUAUUUCCAAAAAGCAGGUGAAAAUCUUCGAGGCACUUCAAACAGAGGAAAAGAUGCCCCUAAUAAAAAACUACAGAUCUUUGCAGCCCCUCAAUGGACGCACUCUCUACUUGAGGGUGAGCCCCAUUAGGGAAAAUGGAGCCAAUCAUCAACAGGCUCCAGUUUUGUUAACUUUGGUGCUGCUCAGCCUUAUCUCGCUCUCUUAUAUAAGCUGGUAAGUCACAUGAAGAUUGGUCGAUGUUGGGUACAAAAAAUUCCAAAGAUUGAUUUUUGCUUGUUGACACCUCAAGAGUAAGAGUGGCAUCGUUUGGGAACUUAUAUACGUAAUAUUGUGAUAAGUUUAGUUUAAGCUAAAAGCGAAAUGUGUCUUUAUAGUUUUCGACUAAGUUAAUCGACUAUUUUAAUACUUUUUAGAGUUAGUACUUAAUAAGCAUUAAUAAUGCUAAAGGGAAAGUUCUGAAACUUCUUGCAACAGUGACAUGUUAAACUAGCUCAAUACAAAGGCUUUCGGCCAAAAGACAUAUCGAUAAUAGUUUUAUUUUGCAGAUAAUUGAUUGGAAAAUAUGUAGACAUGUAGACGAACAGUAAUUUUAAGAGAGCUAAAUAUUAAAUGUAAUUUUAAUUUUUGUAUUAAAUAAUUAAGAAGUA